CACAAGUCCAGCUACCUUCCUUCAAAGUUCAAAGUUCAAAGCUCAAGAGAUAAUCCUCAGAAUUACAACAAUACAUACCUCUAACCUAACUUUCCCACUCUCAAUUGACGUACCCAUAGCACCUCGAUUUCUUAUUUUGGACCAUUAUUCUUCCAUUUAUUUAUAUCCUACUGGAUCCAUUAUAAUCAGGUACUCUAAAACUAUAAAGAAAAAUGGAAGAAGAAGACCAGGUCCUGGUGUCAUCUACUUGGCCGCCGCCGCCUCCCUUUUGGCGCGACUUCACACCCGAAAACAUCACGCGAAUCGACGAGUUACGCAAGCAACAGGCAGAAAAUGAAGGAAUACAAGAUUUGUCAAAAAUACGCCUUCAGAACUUGCCUCGCGAGUUACGCAACCUCCAACCGCCGCUAGAACCUACAGACGGGGCAUGGAGAGUCUUUGGAGAUUCCUAUAAAUUAAAGGAUGAGCUUCCGCGGCUCGAGGAUACAGACGUCAAGCCAUUGUUUCCCAAUCCAGAAGAGAGAGAUCGGGAUGGCAAACACUUCGAUCGCGCACUCAUUCUCAAGAGAUUAGCCAAAUCACUACUAUUAAACUUCCUAGAACUUACGGGAUUGUUAGCUACCAAUCCCGCAGCUGCCGAAGUGAAGACCCAAGAUAUGCGCCAUCUGUUCCUCAACUUCCAUCACCUUAUCAACGAAUAUCGACCUCACCAAGCCCGCGAGUCGCUGAUCUCUAUGAUGCAAGCGCAGCUGGACCGUACGCGAGCCGAGACGAAUGCGAUCCGGGACGCCAAGGACAAGGCCGAACGUAUCAUGGAAGGAUUGAGCAGCUUGAAGGUCGAAGAUGAACUUGUCAAUAAAUUAACAACGCCUAAACCAAAGGAAUCAUGGGACUACCUAAGAGAGACGUGGACUUUGGUCGGUAGAGAUCUCUAGGAGGGGACGCCAGCUGCUGUUUCUCGAAUCAUCCCUCCUGUAGAGAUCCCUCUUACAGAGGAUGAAAUUUUUGGAAUUAUGGAUUGGGAACAGUGGGGUUAUUACUGGAAUCCAUAGCGCGUUGAUAUUGAUACCCAUCUCGAUAGGAAUGGCGGGAAUGCGCCUGGUAAUAAAACUUGUUUAUUCGUACG